AUGACUUCAGAAGGGUUCAAUAAGAUAUCUUCGCUCAAUGAAGAGGCUUUCACUAAAUUACAUCACUAUGGACCAUGUACAUCUUUAAAGCUCUACCAACAAUACAUAUUCGCAGGAUAUGGACCAAUCUUCAAAGUCUUCCGAGUGGACGCCAACAACAACAACACCACAGAAAUAUACUCUAAGCAACUAUUCAAAAGAAACAAGAUCCAUCAUAUUGCCACUAGUACUAGUGGUAAAUACCUUGUCAUAAAUGGAGGCCGUUCAUUCUCAAUCAUCACAAUAUCCGACCUUAUUCACGACCCAACCUACAUCCCAGUUGAGAAAGCCAUUAAUGAAUGGAUAACCACUACUUCAUUCCUUAAUAAUAACGACACUCACCUCCUUGUAUUAACAUCCCACAACGCGAUCUACAAAAUUGACACCAGCACAUUCGAAUUAGUUGAGAAAAUCCACUGUGAAGAGAAAUCUAUCCUAUACAGUGGUUCAAUCACCACGUUGGCCAAUGGGACUACUUAUAUUGCCGCAGGGACAGUCAUGUCAGGAAUCCUAAUUUGGAAUCUCGACACUCGAGAAAUCAUCCAUAGUUUACAAAAUCACGAAGGAUCAAUUUUUGGAGUGAAAAUUGACCAAUCGGGGAAAUAUAUAGUUUCUUGUUCCGAUGAUCGUUCGAUCAUUCUUUAUGAUUUUAAAACGGGAGCAGUUUUGGCCACUGGAUGGGGACAUGGGUCUCGAAUCUGGUGUCUCGAAUUCUUCAAAAAUUAUAAUGAAUCAGAAGUUAGGAUUAUGAGUUGUGGAGAAGAUUGUACUUUACGAUUAUGGAAAUAUGAACAAGGAGCGGACCAAUUAAAACAGUUGGAAUGUUGGGAGAAUUGUCACAGAGGAAAGCAUGUUUGGCUGGGAGAUGUGGAUGAUGAGAAUUUGAAGAUUUGUGUGACUGGGGGAGCAGACGGACGAAUUAGGGUGCAUGACUUAGAUGUGGAAUCAAAUCUGAGACAAGAAUAUUCCAUGGUUGAUAUUGGUAGCAUGAUUGGUGUUGGGUUUAAGAAGAAUGAAGUAGUGAGAGAUUGUUUUGAAUUAUCAAAACUUGGUUUAUUGGUUUUGUUGACUACAAAUGGGCAAUUGAUCAGUUUUGAUGAGAACAAGAAGACAUUUUCAAAGAUUGACUUCAAUGAACAAGAUAAAUUUGCAGAUUUCGGUAUCGUGAAAGGAUUCUCCGAUAUAAAUAUUGUGUUAAUCGCUUCCAGGAAUGGUGAUAUUCUUGUAUUAGACUUCAACGACUCCGCGGUACCUUCUAUUUCUUGGAUCAGGGACGAAAAUAUCGGCAAGAACAAAUUAACCAACUUAUUAGUCUACUCUACCAACGACAAGCACUAUAUCUUAUCCGACUGCGCUAACCCAAACAUUCCAUUCACCUUACGUCAAUUCACCUCCGAUUUCAAACUCACAAAAACACAAGAAAUCCCGCAACCUAACCAAACUCGUUUCACCACUACCGAUAUGACGAUCGAUGAUGAAAAUAAUUGGUUAAUAAUUGCUUCGAGAUAUGUUUCAGUGGCGAUCUUUGAUCUUAAUGACUCCGCCACGUCAACCCUAUUCAAGAAAAUCUCCGCUGGGGAUACAAUCACCUCCAUCCAAAUUAUCAAACAACAACAAAACAAGACCCAUUUAUUAAUUCUAGUCAAGGACGGGAUGUACAUCUACGCCAACCUCGCCAAAGACACUACCAACAAUGAAUUUCAAUUAUCAAUCAUGCAUCAGAAUAAACUCACUCGAGGAUUCGUGGAAGGAGGAUAUAUCGACGCCCAAGACAAUCUUAUACUAUACGGCUUCAAAUCUUCCUAUUUCUACGUCUGGAAUGAAUCUUCCCAAAUCGAAAUCAUGAAUGAACAUUGUGGAGGCGGGAAUCGUAAUUGGAAAUUCUCAACCACCGCCUUAACUGAGGGAUAUAAAUUUAUCUACAUCAAUCGAUCCUCAUUAUUCAUCAGACAAUAUAAUGGCAGAUUCAUGAGUCAGAACUAUGGACUCAUCCAAUCGGGAACCCAUGGUCGUGAAAUCAGGGAUGUGUCCAUCUCUCCACCUCUUCAGGAUGGGCGUCAAUAUCAUCUUCUUGCCACUGCGUCGGAAGAUGCCACGGUGGCUAUAAGUAAACUCAUGCCUGACGGAAGUGUGGUAGGAUAUUGGAAUAUGAAUAAUCAUGUGUCUGGAUUACAGACGGUGAAAUUUAUCAAUGAACAAUUUCUUGCCUCUUCGGCUGCAAAUGAGGAAUUCUUGAUAUGGAAAUUGGAUUGGCUUGGCGAAGUUCCAUUAUUAAAGGAGUUUGCAAGAAUGAAAACCGGGAAGGAUAUUCCUGAUUUGAGAGUUAUGGAUUUUUGUGUAUUGGAACAAAAAGAUGGGGGGUUUAUUAUUGCGACGGUGUUUUCGGAUUCAAAUGUUAAGAUCUGGCAAGUAGAUGCAGAUGGGAAAUUUGAAUUGGUAUUGUCAGAUUAUUAUACUACUUGUUGUAUAUUAAAUGUCGAGUUUUUGAAGUUUUCCUCCAAGAUAUUCUUGCAGAUAGGUACAACUGAUGGACACAUAACAAUCUGGGAAAUCUCUCACAAAUUGCGUUUGUCACAAAAUGGCGAGGUUCAGAAAUUCGAUAAGAUGUUGAUCAACCAGCAGCUCCACCAAAACGGAAUCAAAGCACUUCAAUUAUUCCCUGCCGACGAAGGCUAUAAACUAGUCACAGGUGGGGAUGAUAAUGCCAUCAUUGUAUGUACGAUUACCAUGUCUGAUGACGACGAGUUGAAAUUGCAACUAGUAGCGUACGAACCAGACGCGGCAUCUGCCACCAUCACAUCCAUUUCUCCAGUGGGCAAGGAUCGGUUUGCAGCUACCUCUGUUGAUCAAAUUGUUAGAUUGUGGUCAUUUAAAGGGGAUAGAUUGACUUGUGAAUCGGCAGCAUAUACUACCGUUGCAGAUACUGGUUGUAGUGAUAGCGCCAGUUUUGGAGAUAAGCAUAUGGUAGUGAUUGGUGGUGCUGGUCUUAGUUCGUGGAUGUGUUAA